ACUCCUCUUCGAAACUUAGUAUUGGUGGGAAUGAUUUCGAGUGAAGUUAUUCGUGAAAGUGAGACUGCGAAAGAAUUAAUAUAAAUUUAAUAUUAUUUCAUGAAAUAAAACAUGAACCGAGUGUAUUGAUUUGGAUAAGAACUAUUUUUAUAUGGUAGAGGAAGCAAUGCAAGAACACCAGUAGCCAAUCACAACCGAGAAUUUCUGGGACGUUUAUGCACGCUAUCUAUCCUUUCUUGUUGCGAAUAGCCGUAGUUACGGAAUUUUUCAAACGUAAGGAUUUAGUAACAUUAUUUUUUGUACGUUAGUUGCGAAAUUAUUGACUUAAAAGUCGCCCUAGUAUUCAAUGCAGUCACAGCAAGUACAGCAACAACAGCAUCAGCAAAUUACUGGUGCUAAUGUAAUCCUGAAAAUGAACGAUCUACAGCAACUUUCUACCGUUGAGAAGUCAAUGACGAGGAAUUUUACCCUAGGCUUAUUGGAGCUGGCUCAUCGAGAAUAUCAAGCUGGAGAUUAUGAAAAUGCCGAACGCCACUGCAUGCAGCUUUGGCGGCAGGAAACUAACAACACUGGAGUCCUUUUGCUUUUAUCAUCCAUUCACUUCCAGUGCCGUAGACUUGACAAAUCUGCCCAUUUUAGUACAUUAGCUAUAAAACAGAAUCCUCUGUUGGCAGAAGCUUAUAGUAACUUGGGUAAUGUGUACAAGGAACGAGGGCAACUCCAGGAAGCUUUAGAAAACUAUAGACAUGCUGUCAGACUAAAGCCUGAUUUUAUUGAUGGUUAUAUUAAUUUGGCAGCUGCUUUGGUAGCAGCAGGUGACAUGGAACAAGCUGUGCAAGCAUAUGUGACAGCUCUGCAGUACAAUCCUGAUUUAUAUUGCGUACGGAGUGAUCUUGGAAAUUUGCUGAAAGCUCUUGGACGUCUUGAUGAGGCAAAGGUCAACUUUAUCUUCUGA